UUCAAUUCCGGCUAAUCAUUGUAGUCGGGAAAAUGACAGGCCACUGGAUCUCUCUGUUCAUUGGUUCGUCUUCCUGAAUGAGCGAACCGCGAUGAUUUAAAGUUGUUUAUGAAGGUUCCAAAAAUGGAAAGUCAGGAAGAAAGACAUGAAAAUAUCCUCACUGACGAGGAAAUUGAUCAAGAUGUUUUGUUCACGGUUGAAAGGCUAAUAUCAGAGUUAAAAGAAGAUGCAGAAAGUCCUCCUGCGGAAGUGAUCGAAGAACCACCUUGUCUCGAUCAUGAUUCCACGAAGGCCACUGAAGAGUUAGUUGAAAUAAAACAGGACGAAGAGAAAGAAUCUGAAGAAGUUGAUAAAGAAGUAGAUGAUAAGCUAAUCGAGGAAAAAUCAGAGCCUGCUGAGAGUUUUCCAACUUUGCCCAUCGAGGAAAAAUCAGAGCCUGCUGAGAGUUUUCCAACUUUGCCCAUCGAGGACGAAUCAGAGCCUGCUGAGAGUUUUCUAACUUUGCCCAUUGAAACUACAUCACCAGCAGAGCCCAUCGAACUCAUAAAAGAACAACCUGAGAAAGAGUGCAAAGCUCCACUAUUAUUAGAAACAGAAAUUGAAAAAGAGCCAGAGCCAGCAAUUACCAUUCCCAAGUCUACACCCAUCGAAAUUAAAGAAAGCAAAAACGUAUUUUGCUUGAAAUGCAAAUCGGAACAGUCAUGGCUUUGGAAAAGGAUCUCCAAUGGCUUUCUCUGCACUUCGUGUGAAAAUAGGGAGGGAAGAUUUGAUGGUGAAGACCAACCACCUGCAAAAAGAGCACACAGGGACUCCGUUGUCAUCCUCGAAGGCGACGGUGUGGAUUCGUCUGAGCCUAAGACUGACUUGAGCAAAAACGAUCUGGCAGAUGCUGAUGGUGCGGCUGGUAAUGACACUGGGCUUGCAACACCCCAGCCCACGAGGAAAAGUUCGAGAAGCACCAGAAGCACUCUAUCUCACUCAAACCCUUACGCCUACCCCAGACCAGUCGUUUCGAAACCGAAAGAAAAGAAGUCAGUUGUAAGAAAUGUGCCAACCUAUUCAUCGCCUGCGCCGGUAUUGAAAUUGACUACAAGAGUUCGCCAUAAGGGCAGUUAUAUUAAAAUGGGGGACAUUGUUUCUGUCCGCGGCCAUGAUGGUGGGAUUUAUUACGCUCAAAUACGAGGCUUACUUGAGGACCAGUAUUGUGAAAAAAGUGCAGCCCUCACUUGGCUCCUGCCCUCGAAGGACAGCCCACCGCCUGAACGUGGUUUUGACCCAGACACUUAUAUCAUUGGAAUGGAGGAAGAUGUUCCUAGGUCUUUGGAGAGCAUGGAGUUUGUGAUGCAUGCGCCGUCAGAUUAUUUUAAGCUGCAGCUUCCUUAUGGAUUUGAAGAUACUUAUGGAUGCUACAAUGAUUACAGACUUACGGAUUAAAAAACUACUUAAAAUUUUGACAUCUACAAAACUAAAAUUGUGACAGAUUUUUUUCUUUCUAAUAAAUCGUUUAUUACCUAAAUAAAUUAA